UGUUCCGGUGUAGCCAUUUUUCGUGCACGCUUCCCAUGGUCAAGUCUCCUGCAACUCCUGUUGUGACUUCAUGUUCAGGACUCCUUUACUACUUAAGUGGUACGAGGUGGACUAUGAAGAUGGUAGUGACUAUGACACUGUUGUUAUUGUUGUUAGUAAUUGCUACCGUACUUUCUGCCGUCAGCCUGCCUCGCCCUGACGAUGAGACCGACACAUUAACAUCAGCGGGGGAGGCGGUGGAGGCUGUGUUGGCACCAGCGUCACAUACCCGCUGCUCUGUCUUCCUCCUCACUGACGGCAUUAGCUUCACCUCUUCCAUCUUAAAUAGUUUGGGUAGACUCUCGGUUCCCUGGGGUGUGGCGGUGUUCGAAUUGGCAGUGGACGGCCAGGACGCUAAUGUGACGCAGGCGCAGCUCUCCCGGGUGGUCUACGAGGCUCGGCGGCUGCGGCAGGUGUCAUGGUGCGUGACGGUGGUGGUGGUGAGCAACGACGCAGCCUUCCUCGCCGCCUUCGCCGAGUGGUCCCUCAAGGGCCGCCUCCUAGUGUGGCCGACGAGGCUCCUCGUCGUCACCCGCCUGCACCUCCCGGAGCUCCACCACCUACACAAGUUACUCUCCAUGACCAACUCCAUGUUGCUUAUUGUAGAUGACGCAGCUAUUUUUAAAAGAUAUAAAGUAUAUAUACACCUGCCUUAUAAUCCUCGGGGACCCCAGGUGAUGCGAGUUGCGUCCUGGACACCCCAGAGAGGCCUUUCUCUUAAGACCCACCUCCCCCUCUUCCCGGAUAAGUUCUUCAAAUUCAUUUCGCAGCCGAGGUUGGUGGUGACGAUGGAGGAGGCAAUGACAACCAAAGCCGUGACGAAGGCGGACCCUGAGGCUCCCGGGGGCCAGCGACUCUGGUUCACGGGAAGUGUACCGAACGUCAUGGAGGCAAUUGCAGAGAGUAUCAAUUUCUCAUACACGUACGUGCGCUCUCCAGAUCGGACUUGGGGUACCAAACUCCCAAACGGUUCCUGGUCAGGCAUGAUGGGCGUGGUGACCAGAGGGGAAGCAGACAUCGGUCUUGGCUACUUCAUCAUGACUGUCAGCCGGGCUGAGGACGUGGACUUUACGUGGCCAAUGAUCGUAUCAUAUUCAGGAAUCGUGGCUCCUCGAGGAGGGGCGGAGGUAGACCCGUGGGGCUUCCUACUGCCUCUACAGCCACUGGUGUGGACGGCCAUCCUCACGGCCCUGCUAGUGUUGUCUUCAGGAAUAUCUCUUCUUGACGUUUGCCAUUCUCGAAAAUUUGUGAAUGGAGGAAGUAGGACGAUGGAUGCCUACGACCUACUUCGUGUUUUACUACAGCAAGACAUCUCGAAACUCUCCAACCGGUGGUGGUGGGAACGACUGGUGUUGGCGGUGUGGAUGUUAAUGACCCUGGUGUUAACACGGUCCUACGCCGGCAAUCUCAUGGCUCUCCUGGCCGUGAGACACAUCUCAGAGCCUUACAAAACGCUUCGAGAGGUGCUGGAUGACCCAUCUGUGACCAUGAUAUGGCAAGAAAAUUCAGCUAACGUGCAAUAUUUUCGUAGCGCAGAUCAAGGCAUGUUCCGGGAGGUGAGAGAGGCGGAGACCGCAGGGCGUGUUAAGUUCCUUCAGCCGAGUGACUACAACAAGAAGGUGCCGGUACUGCUCAGGCGGGGCGACCACGUUCUCAUAGAUGCAGAGAUCCUCUUGAAGCCUUUCAAAGCUGAAGCAUUCUCUAGCACAGGCCGCUGUGACUUCCACACCUCCAGAGAGCAUUACCUGACCAUAAUAGCUGGUUUGAUAACGCAGAUGAACAGCCCUCUUCUACCUGCCCUGCAUAAUAGAAUAUUGCGAAUAUUGGAAUCUGGAUUAUAUGAUCAGUGGACGAAGGAGAUCACUCCAAACUCCACAUCGUGUGCCCACCCACCGACCAAGAUCACUGUCAACACCUCUCUCUCCAUCACCAAUAUCUGGGGGAUGUUUGUGGCUCUCGGUACUGGACUCGCUUUAGGACUGCUGAUGUUUGUCCUCGAGUUCCUCACCAGUUGUCCUCCUCGAUUAUAAAGUUCCUCUCCAAACGUUGCCAAGAAAGUUUUGCUUUUGCCCUUUAUAUUUUAUUAUCAGUCAAUAAUUUUCUAGUAUUUAUAUAGUGUUUUUUUAAUUUGGUGAUAUUUAUGUCGUUUGUAGACUUAGAAAAAUAGAUUUGAGGAAAUUUGGCUUUUGUUUAUACCAAUACAGUAUACAUGUUCUACAGCCAAUAUCCCUUUACUUACAGUAGAAGGAGAUUUACACAGUUAAAUUAUUCAUAUGUAUUGAUUACCUUAUAAAGGGGGCAGCUUCCACUCUCACCAUUUAUAAAGGGGCGGAUAUCUUA